AUGCUGUGUAAGGCACUUCGCAGAUUUGGUCAAAAGCUGGUACGCAGACGUCCGCUAGAGCAAAAGGUGGUUGAGUUUGAAUUUGGCAAAAGACUGAGCACUCUGGAUUUAGUGGCCCUGGGUGUGGGCCGCACAGUGGGUGUAGGUGUAUAUUUCCUGGCUAAUGAGGUGGCCGGUAAUCAAGCAGGACCAUCCAUUGUGAUCUGCUUUUUGGUGGCUGGCUUAACUUCAUUGUUGGCUGGACUGUGCUAUGCAGAGUUUAGUGCCCGGAUUCCUCAUUCUGGCUCAGCAUAUCUCUACACCUAUGUCACUAUAGGUGAAAUCUGGGCCUUCAUCACAGGCUGGAACCUCAUCCUCUCCUUUGUUGCUGAUGCAUUCAUUGUGGUUCAGGCCUGGAUAUUAACUUUUGACAAUCUGAUUGGGAACCGGAUCUCUGAGACCCAGCAUGAAAGCAUUUCACAACAUGUUCCCCAAGUCUUUGCAGACAAUCUAGGCUACUUUGCUGUGGUCCUUCUGUUGUUGCUCACAGAAAUUCAAAAUCUGAGAUAUCAUGAGUACUACAUAGUUUUCAAAAUGUUUACACUGGUGAAACUUUUGGUACUUGGUUUUGUCAUCAUCUCUGGCUUCAUUAAGGGGGACCUGCACAACUGGAAGCUCACAGAAGAGGACUAUAUAAAGGCCAGACUCAAUGAUACCUCUAGCUUGGGCCCUCUGGGCUCUGGAGGAUUCAUGCCUUUUGGCUUCCAGGGAAUUCUCCGUGGAUCAGCUACCUGCUUCUAUGCAUUUAUAGGUUUCAGCGUUAUUGUUACCAGAGUCAAAGAAUCACAUAAUCCAGUGUGUUCUAUCCCCAAGGGCAUUGUGGUUUCACUGCUCAUCUGCUUUUUGUUGUAUUUUGGUGUCUCUGCAGCACUUACACUCAUGGUUCCUUACUACCAGCUUCGACCUGGGAGCACCUUGCCUGAGGCAUUUCUCCAUAUUGGCUGGGUCCCUGCCUACUAUGUUGUAGCUUUUGCAAUUUAUUGUAGUAUUUUUGUUGGCAUCUAUUGGGGAUUUAUGUUCCCCAUACGUAGGAUGAUAUACAUGAUGGCAAAGGAUCGCCUCCUGUUCCCUUUUCUUGCCAGGAUCCGUACUGGCACAUAUGCCCGUAUCAUGUCCACUGUGUUCUUUGGCAUUGUCGCAGCAAUCAUGGUAUUCUUCUUUGGACUCACCGAUCUUCUGGACCUCAGGUCAGUUGGGACCCUCAUAUCUUAUUCCCUGGUGGCUCUUUGUGUUCUCAUCCUCAGGUAUCAGCCUGAGAGGAGGAAUAGGGGAAAUAAAGCACAGGUGCAGGAGGAGAAUGGGGGAAUUGAAGCACAGGUGCAGGAACAGAAUGGGGGAAAUGUAGUGCAGAUGCAGGAGGAGACUGCACCUGCAGCAGAGAAGCUGAGUUUACAGGGACUAUUUUUCCCAGGCAGCCCCACCCCCACUCCACUCUCUGGCCAGAUUGUCUGUGUUUGCUCUUCACUGCUUGCCCUGCUGCUGACUCUCCUCUGUCUGGUGCUGGCCCACUGGCCAGGUCUGCUCUCUGGAGACCCAGUGCCGAUCACAGUGGUGAUGCUGCUCCUUGUGCUCAUCACUGGGACUACUGGGGUCAUCUGGAGACAGCCACAGACCUCCACUUCCCUGCCCUUUAAGGUCCCUGGUGUGCCUCUCCUUCCACUCCUGAGCAUCUUUGUGAAUGUUUUCCUUAUGAUGCAGAUGACAGCUGACACCUGGGCUACAUUUGGUGUCUGGAUGUUGAUUGGGUUUGCUCUCUAUUUCAGCUAUGGCAUCUGGCAAAGCCUGGUCUCUUAA